AUGGCUCCGGAAAAUGAAUUCGCCACCAUAGCGGUGCGCACCGAGAAAGACGAGUCUCAACCACAACCCGACCAACACGUUGUAUACGAGAAUAAAAAUGACGCUACCUACCCACCCGAGACCAAGAAUCGUCGGAACCCGAUUGGUUCGCGCGUGGGUUCGCUGCUUAGGGCUUUCGAGCAGCAGCUCAUCGAGUAUAAUCUGGAGGCGCGAGGCAUUGAGCGAGUUGCUGCGGAUGAGCGCAUGAAGCGUUUGUCCUGGGUGUCGUAUCUGCAGGCGUUUUUGCUCUGGGUGUCGAUCAAUCUUGCGGCCAACAAUAUUACACUCGGGAUGCUGGGUCCUGCUGUGUAUAGCCUCAGCUUUAAGGACGCGUCGAUCUGUGCUGUUUUUGGUUGCUUUAUUGGUUCUCUGGUUGCUUCGUGGAUGGCUACCUGGGGACCUGUUUCGGGUAUCCGGACUAUGGCAUUUGGUCGCUAUUCGAUGGGCUGGUGGCCCAGCAAGAUUAUUGUCCUGCUGAAUCUUAUUCAGAUGAUUGGAUACUGCUUGAUUGACUGCGUCGUAGGCGGACAAAUCCUCUCUGCAGUCUCGCCAGGAGGCAUGUCCGUUGCCGUGGGCAUCGUGAUCAUCGCAGUCAUAAGUUGGGUAGUGGCCACCUUUGGCAUCCAAGUUUUCCACUACUACGAACGAUUUGCAUUCGUCCCCCAGCUGAUCGUCGUCUGCAUCCUGUUCGGUGUAUCGUCAACGAAAUUCGACCUACAGACAGUCUCCCUAGGUGACCCUCGCACGGUAGCCGGUAACAGGCUAUCAUUCUUCUCCAUCUGCCUCAGCGCAGCAAUCACCUAUGCCCCUCUAGCCGCAGACUUUUUCGUCUACUACCCAGAGCACACAUCCCGCCUCACAAUCUUCAGCCUCACCCUACUCGGCCUCGUCUUGUCCUUCACCAUGGCUAUAAUCUGCGGCAUCGGGCUCGCCUCCGGCAUAUCCGCAUACCCCGAGUACGCUGCGGCCUAUGCCGUUGGCCAAGGCGCCCUCAUCGUCGAAGGCUUCGGACCCCUCCACGGCUUCGGCAAAUUCUGCUCUGUCAUUGUCGCCCUUGGCCUCAUUGCCAACACAGUGGCACCAACCUACUCCUCCGGUGUUGACUUCCAGAUCCUAGGCCGCUACGCAGAAAAAGUCCCCCGCGUUAUCUGGAAUACAGUGGGCGUGAUUAUUUUCACCGUCUGUGCCCUUGUCGGCCGCAGCCAUCUCUCUGAGAUCUUUACUAAUUUCCUCGCUUUGAUGGGCUACUGGGUUGCUAUCUGGUUUGCUAUCAUCAUUGAGGAGUUUGGUAUCUUCCGUUGGCGUAGUGGGUAUAACUGGACUGCGUGGCGCGAUCCGUCUAAGCUGCCUAUUGGUAUCGCUGCUUUUAUUGCGUUUGUUAUUGGCUGGGUUGGUGCUAUCAUGUGCAUGGCUCAGGUGUGGUAUAUCGGUCCGUUUGCGAAGAUGGUUGGCGCGUAUGGUGCUGAUAUGGGCAACUAUGUUGGUUUCUCCUGGGCUGCGGUUUUCUACCCUCCCUUGAGGUACUUGGAGCUGCGCUUCGUGGGCCGCUAG